UUUCAUCAAGUUAAAUUACACAAGCACGAAUGGCUACGACAAGAAAGGAAAUACUAGUUCUCUUUUUAAUUCUUCUUCAAAUAACCAAACCAACAUUAUCGCAAGACAGCGGAGAUGAUACCACCAUCUUUAGAUUACCAAAAGACUUGGUACCAGAAAAUUACGACCUGUUCCUGCAUAUCGAACCAGCAAAUGAUGAUUUUAGCGGAACAGUGAACAUUACCUUCCACUUGGUUAAUGAAUCCUCCGUUGUCGAAGACAUUUAUUUCCAUGCUGAUCCAAAAUUCGUCACAAUAACAUAUCUAACUGUAAAUGGUGACACUAACUGUACGUAUGAGAGUCUAGAUAACUACAUUGUGAAAUGUUCUUGUGGUAAUAUAAUGGAAGGAAGCAAUUUUCUCUACAUUGAAUAUGAAGGUAAAUAUUCUCAAACUGAUGGACGUGGUUUGGUUAAAACAAGUUAUACGGAUAAUGGCAAGAAGCAAUAUUUGAUCGAAUCAUAUUUUGAACCAACUUUCGCGAGGAGAGCUUUCCCUUGCUUUGACGAACCGGAUUUUAAAGCUACUUUUUCUAUCAAAAUAAUAAAUCCGGUUAGUUAUACUAUGCCUGUGAGCAACAGUAUUCCUCAAGAUUACAUUAUUAACAUGGAAAAUCUGACAGUCACCUUUCAACCGACUCCAAAAAUAUCGACAUACUUAGUCUCAAUUUUUGUUUCUAACUUUGAAGAAACAUCAUUUUCUUAUGCAGACGACGAAGAAUAUACUUUCAAAUUUUUGACACGGUCUGGUUUUGAAGAUUUAACAUCUAAAGUUGCUGGAACCCACUAUGGUCAAAUCAUGGAUGCAUUGAGUAACUUCACUGGACAAUCUUUCCAGGAUAUAGGCGACACUGAAUGCUAUCAAGUUGCUGUACCCGAUUAUUUUUCCGAAGAUAUGGGGAAUUUUGGACUUUUUGUCUACAAAGAAAGAGAUCUGUUAGAUGAAGGCGAUAAAACUACUGUCAAGGUUACUCAAAACAUACUGCAAGCUAUGACAUAUAAGAUAAGUCACGAAUGGUUUGGAGGAGAAGUUUCGACCACGUGGUGGUCAGACUUUUGGGCAAACGAAGCUGUUCCGAUGUAUUUUAAAUAUAUUAUUCCGAAUAAGAUUGAUGAGGGAUUCGAAUUUACAAACCAAUUUGUAGUGGACGUAGUUCAAAAAGCAAUGCAGUACGAUGCCAUGCCUUUCGUAGAACCGCUUUCUUCUGAUGAGUCAGAUAUUACCAACGAAUGGGGAAUUGAAAAUAAAUUGGAUAAAUACAGUUUACUGAAGGGAGCAACACUGCUGCAUAUGAUAAAUUAUUUUGUAAGUGGAGAAGACCAGUUUAGAGAAAAUCUUCAAAACCAUCUACAAAAUAGAACUGGUUCAGGUACGGAUGGCUUGAACAUGCUAGAAGAUUUAACUAAAGCCGAUACUAUACAAGAUUUGUAUUCAGCUGCCCAGUCCUGGGCCUUCACUGCUGGAUUCCCAUUGUUAAGUGUCAAAAUAGAUACAUCCACUGACGAGAAAGAGACUCUGGCAUUUUCACAAAAGCGCUUUGUUUAUCCCACGGACAACACCACAAUUUUUAGCGACGACAUAAAAUGGAAUAUUCCAGUAAGUUACACCACUUCCAGUAACAAAUAUUUUGAAAUGGGUAUUAACGUAUAUUAUGCUCCAAACAUAGAAUUAUAUGUCGACAUACAUAAAGACAAUUGGGUUCUGUUCAAUAUCCAAGGCAGAUUCCAUUACAGAGUGAACUACGAGGAAGAAUUAUGGAGAAGAAUUAUCAACGCUUUUCAAGACGAGAGUGAGAGGACAGAGAUUCAUUCCCUAAGCAGAGCACAGGUGAUUGACGACGUAUUUAACAUUGCUAGAAUAGGAGAGGUAGAUUAUUCUUUAGCGUUUAAAUUGGCAGAUACUCUCGUCUACGAAACUGAUUAUUAUCCCUGGUAUUCUGCGUUUAAUGCAUUUUCAUACCUUUUAGGGAAGAUGAAGGAUGACGAUGUUGAAGAAAGAUUGAAGAUGUACAUUUUAAGUCUAAUGGAAAAUGUUAUCUACAUUCCGGACCAUGAGUUAGCUGUUCAAGAAAAUGAAACACAAAUAGAUGUAUUGAAAAAUGUCAUGAUGAUCGAAUGGGCUUGCAAGUUGGGUCAUUCGGAAUGUAUCAGUUUUGCCACUGAACAGUUUGCCAAUUUCAAAGAGAAUCAGACAAGUAUGAUGGACUACAAUCUAAGACCAGUCAUAUUUUGUAACGGUAUAAGGUAUAGUGAAAACGUCAGUGAAGACUGGAAGUUCCUAUGGUCAGUAUUCGAGUCAUCAACAUCGGUGCAUGAGCAGUAUGAUAUUUUACAGGCACUUGGAUGUGCUGAAGAUAAAGAGACUCUUAAGGAUUACAUUAUAAGGCUUGCUGUACCCAUCAUUUCUGCAUAUUUCAAGAGACAAGACACUAUGGUUGUAUUCGGGUCAGUCUUAUCAAAUUCCGCGGGAAUCGAGGCAGCUAUGUCGCUUUUAGAGAGCAGUAUUGCAUAUAUACAAUUCAUUUUUAACGGCGAACUUGACGAAGUAUAUUAUCUAUCAGACAUGAUAUUGGCUCUUGCUGAAAAAUUAACUACUGAUGAGCAGCUGCAACAAUUUCAGGAUACUCUUUCUAGUCACGACGUUCUUAGUGGCUACGAAGACCUUAGAGUAAAAGCUGAAACAUUAGCCAAAGUUAAUAUUUAUUGGGCGAAACAGUAUCAAGAUGUUAUUGAAGGAAUACUUCCCGAGAUUGUAGUUAGUACCACUAGAGAAAGUACAGAUACCUCAGAAUAUACUACAGCGGAAACUACUGUUACAACAGACUAUUCCGCAAUAACAGAUCAGCCUACUUCAAUAGAACCCAGUACUACAACCGAAUCGUCUAGCGAAAUAAUAUUUGUUUCACGUAUCAUUGUCGUUGUUGUUGGUAUUUUUACCUUAUUGGCUAUGGGAAAAGAAAAGAUGAUAGUUCUCAUUUUGAUUCUUCUUCAAAUCACCAAAUUAACAGUAUCACAAGACAGCGGAGAUAAUACCACCAUCUUUAGAUUACCAAAAGACUUGGUUCCAGAAAAUUACGACCUGUUCCUGGAUAUCGAACCAGAAAAUGAUGAUUUUAGCGGAACAGUGAACAUUACCUUUCACCUGGUUGUGGGUAAUGAAUCCUCUGUUGUUGAAGACAUUUAUUUACAUGCUGAUCCAAAAUUCCUCACAAUAACAUAUGUAAAGCUAAAUGAUGACACUGACUGUACGUAUGAGAGUCUAGACAAUUAUAUUGUGAAAUGUUCUUGUGGUAAUGUAACGGAAGAAAGCAAUUUUCUCUACAUAGAAUACGACGGUAAAUAUUCUCAAACUGAUGGACGUGGUCUGGUUAAAACAAGUUAUACGGAUAAUAACAAGAAGCAAUAUUUGAUCGAAUCAUAUUUUGAACCAACUUUCGCUAGGAGAGCUUUCCCUUGCUUUGACGAACCGGAUUUUACAGCUACUUUUUCUAUCAAAAUAAAAAGUCCCACUAGUUAUACACCUAUCAGCAACAGUAUUCCUCAGGACUCCAAUAAUUACUUAGAAAGCACAACUAUCGCCUUUCAACCAACGCCAAAAAUUUCGACAUAUUUAGUCUCAAUUUUUGUUUCUAACUUUAAAGAAACGCCAGUUUAUUUUGCAAGCGAAGAAUAUACCUUUAAAUUUUUGACACGGCCUGGUUUUGAAGAUUUAACUUCUAAAGUUGCUGGAACUCACUAUGGUCAGAUCAUGGAUGCAUUGAGUAACUUCACUGGACAAUCUUUCCAGGAUAUAGGCAGUACUGAAUGUUAUCAAGUUGCUGUUCCUGAUUAUUAUUCUGAACAUAUGGGGAAUUUUGGACUUUUUGUCUAUAAAGAAAGAGAUCUGUUAGAUGAAGGUGAGGAAACUAGUGUCAAAGUUACACAAAAUAUACUACAGUCUAUGACAUAUAAAAUAAGUCACGAGUGGUUUGGUGGAGAAAUUUCAACAUUGUGGUGGUCUGACAGUUGGGCUAAUGAAGCUGUCCCGAUGUUUUUUAAAUAUGUCAUACCGAAUGAGAUCGACGAAGGGUUCGAAUUUACAAAUCGGUUUGUGGUGGAAGUAGUUCAGAAAUCAAUGCAAUACGAUGCUAUGCCUUUUGUAGAGCCACUUUCUUCUGAUGAGUUAGAAGUUACUGACCAAUGGGGAAUAGAGAAUAAAUUUGAUGAACACAGUUUGUUAAAGGGAGCGACAUUGCUGCAUAUGGUAAACAUGUUUAUAGGAGGAGAAGACCAACUUAAAGCAAAUAUACAAGAACAUCUGCAAAACAGCUCGGAUGCAGAUGGCCAGAACAUAUUAGAAGAUGUAGCUAAAGAUAAUGGAAUGGAAAACUUGUAUUCACUUUGGGCUUUCACUGCUGGAUUUCCAUUGUUAAGUGUUAAAAUAGAUAAAACCACUGACGACAAAGAGACCCUGGUACUUUCGCAGAAGCGCUUCGUCUAUCCGACGGAUAAUACAACAACUUAUAGCGAUGAUAUACAAUGGACAAUUCCAAUAAGUUACACCACUUCUGCUAUCAAAAGUUUCGAACCAGAUAUUUGUACGUAUUACGGUCCAGAUAAAGGAUUAUAUAUCCUCAUUCAUAAAGGCAUUUGGGUACUGUUCAAUAUCCAAGGGAAAUUCCACUACAGAGUGAACUACGAUGAAGAGUUAUGGAGGAGAAUUAUCAAGGCUUUCCAAAAUGAGACUGAACGAGCGGAUAUCCAUUUUUUGAGCAGAGCACAGGUUAUCGACGAUAUAUUUAACAUUGCUAGAACAGGGGAAGUAGAUUAUUCUUUAGUGUUUGAAUUGUCAGAUUCUCUUGUCUACGAAACUGAUUAUUAUCCCUGGUAUUCUGCGUUUAAUGCAUUUUCAUACCUUUUAGGGAAAAUGAAGGAUGAUGAUGUUGAAGAAAAAUUAAAGGUGUACAUUCUAAGUCUAAUGGAAAAUGUUAUAAAUAUUCCGGUCUCUGGCUUAAUUGUUCAAGAGAAUGAAUCGCAAAUAGAUGUAUUGAAAAAAAUCAUGAUGAUUGAAUGGGCUUGCAAAUUGGGUCAUUCGAAAUGUAUCAGUUUCGCCAUUGGACAAUUUACCAAUUUCAAAAAGGAUCAGACAAGUAUAAAUGACUACAAUCUAAGACCAAUGAUAUUUUGUAACGGUAUAAGGUACAGUAAAAAUGUUACUGAAGACUGGAACUUCUUGUGGUCAGUGUUUCAGUCAUCAUCAUCGGUACAUGAGCAGUAUGAUAUUUUACAGGCACUUGGAUGUGCUGAAGACAAAGGAAUUCUUGAGAAUUACCUUCUGAACCUUGCGGUACCCCUGACUUCUUCAUCUAUCAAAAGGCAAGACACUAUGGUUGUAUUCGAAUCAGUUUUAUCAAAUUCUGCAGGAAUCGAAGCAGCUAUGUCGGUUUUAGAAAGCAAAAUUGCAGAUAUACAAACCAUUUUCAACGGCGAUCUGAACGAAGUAUAUUAUCUGUCUGACAUGAUAUUGGCGCUUGCUGAAAAAUUAACUACUGACGAGCAGUUGCAACAAUUCCAGGAUAUUAUUUCCAACAACGACGUUGUGAGUAGUUACGAAGAGCUUACGGUAAAAGCUAAAACAUUGGCCACAGUUAAUAACUAUUGGGCGAAACAGUAUCAAGAUGUUAUCGAAGGAAUUCUCCCUGAGAUUGUAACUAGCGCCACUACAGAAGGUAGUACAGGUACAACAGAAUAUACUAAUGCGGAAACUACUGUUACACCAGUCUAUUCCACAAUAACAGAUGAACCUACUUCAAUAGAACCCAGUAGUACCACUGAAUCGUCUAGUGAAACAAUACAUAUUUGCUUCACAACUCGUUGUCUUUAUUUGUAUUUUAUCAUUAAUUAUAUAAUAAUAUUUCUACUAAUUAAUUUACGGAAAACUAUUACUCAUCAGCAAUAUGAAAUAGCGAUCGUGAUAUUACGCAUGGAAUUGACAGAAGCAAAAAUGGGUGAAUUCAAAACAGCAACAUGUUUCCUGCUCGCAUUAACCAGUCUUUGCUCAGCUUUAGAUUACCGCCUCCCACAAACUGUAGUGCCAACAUUUUAUGAUCUUUCUCUUACUAUUGAUCCAGAAGAGACCGAAUACAGCGGUACCGUAAAUAUUAGUCUUCGCACCUCCACCGAUUCCGAUGAUAUCUACAUCCACGAAGAUGGCGACUCUAUUACCAUAGGUUCAGCAAGAACAAAGGACGACGAAAAAUGUACGUUCGACACCUCCGAUGAGGCUGACAUACUAAAAAUCACGUGUCCAACGACUUUAAAGCAAGGCGAAGAUAACUGGUUGUUCAUGGAAUUCACUGGGAAAUUUUCCGAAGACGGUUUGGGUUUGGUUAAAAGUACUUACAUGGAUGGAGAUGACAAGCAGGUCAUAAUAGAGUCUAAUUUCAAACCAACGUAUGCGAGGAGUGCUUUUCCUUGUUUGGAUGAACCUGAUUUUAAAGCUGGAUUUGCAGUAGACGUAACACAUCCCAAGGAUUACUCUGCUAUAAGCAACAGUCUUGUUUCUAAUACAGAAGACAGCGGUGAUGAUUUACGGAGAACGACAUUUGAAGCAACUCCGGAGAUAUCGACGUACCUGUUAACCAUAUUCCUUUCCAAAUUCAAAGCGGCGGAAACAUCGGCAGAGGAAAAAGUAGAGUUUAAAAUUUUCACGAGGCCGAAUGUCGCGAACUUAACUAAGAAUGUAGCAAACAAAUACUACUCUCAGAUAAUUGAGAAGCUUGACUCGUACAUUGGAGUGCCUUAUGAGGAUCUAAAGGAUACAGAAAGUUACUUGGUUGCAGUGCCGGACUAUUCUGACGCAAUGGGAGAUUUUGGAGUUUUUGCGUACAGGGAAACUAACUUGUUGGAUGAGGGUGAAAAAACAACGAAUAGGGCUAAGCAGAAUAUAAUAACAACUAUGGCUUACAAGCUCAGUCACGAGUGGUACGGGGGUGAUGUAGCUACAAAAUGGUGGUCUGACGUGUGGGCUAAUGAAGCAGUUGCUACGUAUCUGAAAUAUGUUAUAUCAGAUGAGGUGGACAGCGAAAUGGAGCUAACAAAUCAAUUUUUAUUGGAAGUAAGUCAAAAAAUGUUACAAAACGAUGGGCAUAGUUUCGCACAGCCUCUAUCAUCAAACAAAUCAAAAGUUAACAGUGAUUGGGAGAUAGAAAAUAAGCUGAACACUGUGAAUGUCGAAAAAGGAGCAAGCAUCCUACAUAUGGUAAAUAUAAUACUCGGAGGUAAUGAAAAUUUCAAGACAGCUCUUCAGCAGCAUCUGAGCAAAAGGAAAGACGCAGACACUGACGGUGCUGACAUUUUAAAGGACUUACUAGAAACAAAAAGUAGUGAAACAAGAAGUACUAGUGAUACCGAUUACUAUACCUAUCUUGAGAAAUGGGCAUUUUCCGCAGGAUAUCCUUUAGUAACUGUUUCACUGACAGACGUCAAUGAUACUGAUACUGUAAAACUGUCACAGAAACGAUUUUUAUAUCCUACAACAGACACAGAAACCUUCGCUGAAGAAACAGGAUGGUAUGUGCCACUUACCGCGACUUCUCGUGCAAACUACAAAUCCAGCAUAAAAGUCGGUACAUUCAUGAACCCAGAUCAAGAAAUGUUGUUCAAUUUUGGACACGACCAGUGGUUGGUACUCAACAGUCAAGGUGGCUGUUUUUACAGAGUUAACUACGAUGAAACCUUAUGGCGAAGAAUACUUGAUGGUUUGAGCACCAGCAGGACUGAUUUUCACGUAUUGCAAAGGUCCCAAAUGAUAGACGAUAUCUUUAACAUCGCAAGGACAGGCGAUGUGAGCUAUUAUCUGGCUUUUGAAAUGGCGGAUUCCCUCGUCGAUGAAACUGAAUAUUAUCCUUGGUAUUCUGCGCUCAAUGCGUUUUCUUAUUUGCUCGGAAAGAUAGAGGAUGAAGACACUGAGCUGAAGUUAAAGAAUUACAUUUUGAGUUUGAUGGAAAACGUAGUAACAAUUCCAAGUAAAAACUUUGUUGACGAUAGUGAUAGUCACGUAGAUGUUCUUAAAAAUGUUCUGGUGCUAAAAUGGGCUUGCGAGUUGGGACAUGAAGAGUGUAUCAAAUAUGCAACCGAAACAUUCAAAAGCUUUAAGGANUACAUGAAAUGCAUGUCUAAUUACAUUUUGAGUUUGAUGGAAAACGUAGUAACAAUUCCAAGUAAAAACUUUGUUGACGAUAGUGAUAGUCACGUAGAUGUUCUUAAAAAUGUUCUGGUGCUAAAAUGGGCUUGCGAGUUGGGACAUGAAGAGUGUAUCAAAUAUGCAACCGAAACAUUCAAAAGCUUUAAGGAAUCAUCAAGCCUAGAUGACUACAAUGCAAGAGAAGUUAUAUUCUGCAAUGGAAUCAGGCAUAGUGAAAACGUUAAAGAAGAUUGGGAGUUCUUAUGGAAAAUAUAUACCAAUUCCCUCUCAGUUCAUGAGCAAAACGAUAUUUUGAAUGCUCUAGGCUGUGCUGAAGACAAAGAGUUACUUAUGUCAUAUUUACAGAAGAUCAUAACUACAGACUCGGGUAUAAAGAGGCAAGAUGCUGUCACGGUAUUCAAGUCAGUUUUAUCUAGUUCUGUGGGUCUCGAAGCUGUCAAGGAGUAUUUAAAAACUAAUGUAUCUGCUAUUCAAAACUUCUUCAAAGAUAUGCGUAUUUUGGCGGAAAUGGUAUACGCACUGGGAGAAAAAUUGAUAUCGGAUGAGGAUGUAGAAUGGCUCACCGAUCUCCUCACAGAUGAAAUUCUAAAUGAUUAUGAAGAUGUAAGGACGAAAGCUAACGCGCUAGCCUCAGUCAAUAACUACUGGUUAGCGAACUUCCAGAGUGAAAUAACGGAUAUAUUCGCAGAACAAUCUACCACAGAAGCGUCAUCCACAGAAUCAUCUUCUACAGAAGCAUCUUCAACAGAAUCGUCUUCCACGGAAUCAUCUUCCACAGAAUCGUCUUCCACUGAAUCGUCUUCAACAGGAUCACCGGCCACAGGACCGUCUUCCCCAGUAUCAUCUUCUACAGAAUCAUCGCCCACAGAACUGCCUUCCACGGGAUCAUCUUUCAUAGAAUCAUCUUCCACACAACCAUCAACUUCUACAGAAUGGUUCACUAAUACAGAGGAAUCAACUAGCUCAGAACCGGCGACUAGUACUGAGGUUCCUACAACCACUGAAUCCAAAAGCAAUAGAGUGUUAUCCUCGACAUAUAUCUUACUUUGUGUAGCAAUAUUUGCGAUGUUGAGAAGACAAAUGGGUUCAGUAGUCACAACCGCCGUUUUCAUAUUCUUGCUCAACAAUUAUUGUUCUGCUGUGGAAUACCGUCUUCCAGAAACAGUGGUGCCUACAUUCUACGACCUCUCUCUUAAAAUCAACCCAGAAGAUGCAGACUACAUCGGCACUAUGAUUAUUACUCUUCACACCUCCAACCAGACCAAAGAUGUAUACAUCCACAGCGACGCCAAUUACAUUAACAUCACCGCGAUAAUACUGAACGACAACGCGAAAUGCUACGCUAACAAUUUGGACGUAGAUGACAUGGUCAGAAUUUCCUGUUCAAGGGCAUUGAUAGUUGACGAAGAUAACACGUUGGAUAUAGAAUUUACCAGUAAAUUUUCUGUCGAAGAUGGCUAUGGUUUGUUCAAAAGCAGCUACGUGGAUGAAGGAAAAGAGCAGGUCAUCAUAGAGUCUAAUUUUAAGCCCACUUACGCUAGACGCGCUUUUCCCUGCUUGGACGAACCCGAUUUUAAGGCUAGUUUUGCGGUGGAGAUAACACAUCCCAAGGCCUACAAUGUUAUAAGCAACAGUCCUGCGAUACUUACCAACAAAAUAAGUAUUCACUUUAUUUCCAGUGACGACGAUUUAACGACAACAAAAUUUGAGGACACACCAGAGAUAUCGCCAUAUCUGCUGGAUAUCCUUAUUUCGCAAUUGCAGGAAGCAGAAACGUUGGAAGAAGACAGCGUGGACUUUAAAAUUUUCACUAGGUCCAAAGUUACUUCUUUAACUAAGACCGUAGCUAAUACAUAUUAUCACAAGAUCAUCGAGAAGCUUGACUCGUACACAGGGGUUCCAUAUCAAAACUUGAACGAAACGGAAAGUUACCUUGUCGCACUUCCAGAUUAUUCUGAAACAAUGGGAGAUUUUGGACUUUUUGCAUACAGAGAGACUGACCUAUUGGAUGAGGGCGACAAAACGACAGCUAGAGCUAAACAAGAUAUAAUAGCCACUAUGGCCUACAAGCUUAGCCACGAAUGGUAUGGAGGGGUUGUAGCCACAAAAUGGUGGUCAGAUGUUUGGGCUAAUGAAGCUGUUGCUACCUAUCUCAAAUAUCUAAUACCAGACAAGGUGGAUGAGGAAUUGGAACUUACAAAUCAAUUUUUGCUGGAAGUAAGUCAAAAAACGUUACAACAUGAUGCCUAUUCCUUCGCACAACCUCUAUCAUCAAAAGAGUCGGAUAUAAAUAACGAAUGGGCGAUCGAAAAUAAACUGAGUACUGCGAAUUAUCAAAAAGGAGCAACCAUACUACGUAUGAUUAGAUGCGUCCUCAAAGGUGAAGAUAACCUUCAAGUGGCUCUUCAAGAUCACUGGCAGAAUAGGAAAGAGGCGGAAACUGAUGGAACUGACAUAUUGAAGGACCUUUUAUAUGGUAAGAGCGAUAGUGGAGAUUACUACACUUACCUUGAAAACUGGGUGUUCUCGCCAGGAUAUCCGUUAUUAACAGUAAUGUUGGAGAGAGUUGACGACACUGUAAAUAUUGCAAAUGCUACUCAGAAACGAUUUGUGUAUCCCACUGGCGAAACAACGGUCUUAGACAACACGGAAUGGUAUAUACCUCUUACCUCAGUUACUUUAUGGAACCAUCCGAAUCAAAACCUUGUAGAGGUAUUCCUCGAACCUAAUCAAGAAAUGCAUUAUUUUUUCGGUAACACGUGGAUUUUGUUCAACAGUCGAACUGAAAACUUUUACAGGGUCAACUAUGAUGAAGUGUUGUGGAGGAGGAUACUGGAUGGUUUGAACACCAACAGGUCCGACUUUCUCGUUUUGGAGAGAGCUCAACUGAUAGACGAUAUGUUCAACAUUGCCAGGAUAGGCGAUGUGAGUUAUUCCCUGGCGUUUGAAAUGGCAGAUUCGUUUGUUAAUGAAACUGAGUAUUAUCCGUGGUAUUCUGCGCUAACGGCGUUCUCUUAUUUGUUGGGGAAAAUGGAGAGCAGAGGGGUUGAAUCGAACUUGAAGAACUACAUCUUGAAUUUGAUGGAAAGUAUAAUAGUAAUCCCAAAUGAAAAUUUUGUCGAAGCCAGUGACAACCACAUAACUGCGCUUAAAAAAGUCAUGAUACUUAAUUGGGCUUGCAAGCUGGGACAUGCCGAUUGUAUCAGUUAUGCCACAGAGAAGUUUAAAAAUUACAAGGAGUCACAAGACAGUUUAACCGAUUACAAUGCCAGAGGUGUAAUAUUUUGCAAUGGCAUCCGACACAGUGAAAACACCCAGCAGGAUUUCAACUUCCUAUAUAAAAUAUACAACGAAUCAUCAUCGGUACACGAACAAAACGAUAUUUUAAAUGCUCUUGGUUGUGCUGAAUAUAAGAAUACGCUGAAAAGAUACCUAGAAAAAAUUAUAGUACCCAAAUCAGGUAUAAAGAGACAGGACGUACUGGUGGUAUUCAAAUCCGUUUUCUCCAGUUCUUUGGGUCUUCAGGCAGCCAUGGAUUUCUUGGAGGAUAGUCUUUUCGAAAUACAAGAUCUUUACAACGAUAUGAAAAUUACAUCUGAAAUGAUAUAUCUAGUGGCAGAGAACUUAGUGACAGAUAACCAUAUAGAUUGGCUGAAACACCUCCUUAACAAUGAAAUUUUGGACGAUUAUGAAGACGUUAAAGCGAAAGCCAGCACCCUAGCAUCAGUAAACAAUUAUUGGCAGAAGAACUUUCAAGGUGAUGUGGCAGAUAUAUUUCCAUCUAGUGAAACUACUUCAGAAACUACUCCACAGUCUACUUCACAGUCAUCCUCAGAAUCCACGCUUUCUACUAUUACCGAUACAGACAGUAGCGCUAUUGAUACUGAUACUACAGAAGUAGCCAUGGAUAAUCUAAAGAUUCUUGGCAAGAUCCUAUUCUUGUUGCUAGUAUCAGAAGCGUUGGCAGAUGACGUGCACCUGCCGACACACCUAACACCUUACAAAUAUUCGCUGGAUCUGGUGCUUGACCCUAGAGCCACAACUUAUGACGGCCUUGUCGAAAUAACCUUUUCAGACACAGAUACAAAGAUUAACACAAUACAACUGCAUGCUUCAUCCGAGACCAUAGAGAUACAUGAUGCUUUGCUUAACUUCGAGUAUAGCUGUAAUGUGACAAAAGCCGAUAGCGACACAGAUGUCGUGACUUUAACGUGCCCCAAGGAUUCUCUGGAGAAACAGAACACUCUGAUCAUUAAUUUUACGGGGACUUAUUCUGUUAACGAUAUGAAGGGUUUGUAUAAAAGCACCUACAUGGAGGAUGGAGUGGAAUACGUCCUGCUGGCCACCCAGUUUGAGCCCGUGGCUGCGCGACGAGCUUUCCCGUGCUUCGACGAACCAAGUUUGAAAGCCACUUUCGAUAUUUUUAUUACACAUCCAAACGAUUACAGUGCUUUAUCAAACACGGCCUCAAAGAAGACGUUUCAAAUCGGCCCUGAUAACAUCCAAACACAAUUCGAGACUACACCGUCCAUGUCCACGUACCUAGUAGCUUUCAUCGUAUCAAAAUUUGUGUCAAACAGUGACGGCAAAACCAGAGACUACGACGAUCAGAUAUUCUCCAGACCAAGUGCCAAAGAAUUCACAAGCGUAGCUGCUACAUAUGCACCCGCUCUGAUAGACCUAUUAAGCGAAUGGACGGGUAUAAAUUACGAAGAUCUUGGCAAUACACAAGCUUAUCAGGUGGCGAUCCCAGACUUUGCACCUGGGGCUAUGGAGAACUGGGGUCUAAUCACGUUCAGGGAAGUCGAUUUGUUAGAUGAUAAAAACAACACCUCCAACGCUGCCAAGCAACGAAUUAUAACGACAAUUGCCCAUGAACUUGCUCACCAGUGGUUUGGAGAUUAUGUCACUCUUGAUUGGUGGUCAGACACUUGGUUGAAUGAAGGAUUCGCCACUUAUUUUCAAUAUCUCAUAUCAGACCAACUUGAUGAUAACUUGGACACUAUGAGGCAGUUUAUCGUUAAUGAACUGCAGGCAGUUCUUCAGGCAGAUGCUAUUCCUUCAGCUUUGCCGCUUACGAGCGACGUUAACAGCGCAGCUGAAGUUAGCAACAAGUUUGACGACGUCAGCUAUUCGAAGGGAGCGAGUAUAAUAUGGAUGCUUAGAAACAUUAUUACAGAGGACACUUUUCAAAAAGGCUUGAACUCAUACCUAAAAACUUUUAAGUACGGUAACAGCAACCCAACAAAUCUAUUAAAUUCUUUUAACGCAAGUACUCCUGACAAAUUGGGUUUGAAUAAAAUUAUGGAUAACUGGAUACACAAGUCCGGAUUUCCGUUAGUUACAGCGAAUCUCAACGGAUCUACAGUAGUUUUGACACAGGAAAGAUUUUUAUUCCAAAAUGAUUCCGAAGCUGAAGCAACGCAAUGGUACAUUCCCAUCAGUUACACAACUGGUGCUGAUAAGGAAUUUAUAUACGAACUAUCCGAUUGGUUGAAACCCAACUCUACAGUUGAAGUUGAGUUGAAUGACACUUGGAUUCUAAUUAAUGUAUAUCAAACUGGGUAUUAUAGAGUUAACUACGAACAUGAGUUGUGGCACAGAAUCAUAACGGUUUUAGAGAGCAACAAGGACUAUAUCGAUGUACUAAACAGAGCUCAGCUUAUUGAUGAUAUGUUCAACAUUGCUAGGGCUGGAAAGAUUAGUUACGAUAUGGUCUUCCACUUGGCUGGAUAUCUGGAAUCUGAAACAGCCUAUUAUCCUUGGGUAUCUGCGUUCAAUGCGUUGUCCUACAUUUUUGGAAAACUCAACGACGCCGAGGCCGAAAAGUUACUGCAGGAAGAAGUUCUAAGCUGGAUAAACAAAGCUUUCCCUGCAAACUCCACAGAUACAGGCAAGGAACACGUAGACAAACUAAAAGAAGUCCUCAUUCAAGACUGGGGAUGUAAGUUGGGACAGGAAGAAUGCAUUAAAUAUGUCAACGAGACAUUCCAGAGCUACAAAGAAAAUAAAAGCCUUCCAGAUUACAACAAAAGAGGACUAGUUUUCUGCCACGGUUUCCGUAUUAGUGCAAAACCAGAAGAAGACUACAAAGUACUAUUGGACAUUUUCAAGGAUUCCACCUCAGUGGUCGAACAAAACGAAAUAAUUUCUGCUUUAGGAUGCUCGGAAAAUUCAGAGAUUCUGACAAAAUAUCUUUCAGAGGCAAUAUCCUCGAACUCUUCCAUACGAAAACAAGACGCUAUUUACGUAUUUAGGGCCGUUUAUACGCAUAGUGCUGUGGGAGUAAACGUUACUCUGAACUUCUUGGAGAAUAAUGCGAAAAAUAUUACUGACAGGUUUUCUGGAAUGAGUCUCUUGUCGAAUGUCAUCUUUGCUCUUGCCGACAAAGUGGCUUCAGAUGAGCAAAUUAAACAGCUAACGAAAAUAAUUACUGACAACUCUGACAACGAAGGCGUUAAGCUUAUUAGCCAGAGGGUCACUGAGAUCACGACUGCGAACAAGAAUUGGAGAGACGCACACGCCGCUGAUAUCAAGAAAAUUCUGAAUGCGAACAAAAACGCAGCUCAUAUACCACAGCCAGUUACUUUGCUGUUAGUUAUCGCUUUUACUUUAUUGUACAUAUUUAGCGGUAAAUACUGACCGCACCUAUUCCUAAACAUAUAUUGUUAACUAAUGUUACUAUCUUUUGAAAAUUAAAGAUUUUUUGAAAUAUAA